AUGGCACUCCAAUUAAAAAAGAGAAAUUUCAAACUAUCUUCUGCUACUACAGGAGCUUUAUUGAUUGGAGCGGGAUUGAUUUUGAUCAAAACCUUUCCUCACAUAAAAUCUACUAUUGAAAGUGCCGUGUUUGGUCAAAAGAAUGUGGAUGUUGAGGAGGAUGAAAACAAGCCAGUCGAAGUUAAUGACACGAUUAGAUCGGAGCUGGAAACGAGUCAUCCGGCUUUAAACGAGUCUGCAGUAGAAGUCAGCAAGUGGUCAGAUGAAAGUUUGAAGUCAUAUCUAUUUGAGGUACGUUAA